UUUAAUAUUAACCCGGCGGGGCUGUGACUCCGCUUAUUCUGCUCCCGUUGCAUUUCCUCCGCAGCCAGGGCUGUACAGCAUGGCGCACAGCAAAACCAGCAUACUGCAGGGCCUGCUCCUUUCCAGCCUCCUGCACCUCACCUUGAGCCACGAUGGAGUUUUCCUGGAAAAGGGGCAGGCACUGUCAUUGCUCAAGCGCCCACGACGUGCCAACAAGGGAUUUCUCGAAGAGAUGCUUAAAGGAAACCUGGAGCGAGAGUGCCUGGAGGAGAUAUGCAGUUACGAGGAGGCCUUCGAAGCCCUCGAAUCCACCGUUGACACGAAUGUAUUUUGGCCAAAAUACCAGGCAUGUCAGGGCAUGAGAAAGACCAGGACGGCUUUGGAUGCUUGUUUAGAAGGUAACUGCUCUGCUGGUCUUGGCCAGAACUAUCAGGGGACAAUUAGUUACACCAAAUCCGGGAUUGAAUGUCAAGUGUGGACAAGCAAAUACCCACAUAUCCCUAAGUUUAAUGCCACCAUCUAUCCCAACCUCAUUGAGAACUACUGCAGGAACCCAGACAACAACUCCGAAGGCCCGUGGUGCUACACCCGAGACCCAACGGUGGAACGGGAGGAAUGUCCCAUUCCAGUGUGCGGUCAAGACAGGACAACAGUUGAAUUUACUCCACGGGUCACAACAACAGCUCCAGUGCAGGCCUGUGAACCGGAGAGAGGCAUGCUUUAUACAGGGACCCUCUCAGUCACUGUGUCUGGGGCAAAAUGCCUGCCGUGGAACUCAGAGAAGGCCAAGGCAUUGCUCCAAAAUAAAGACAUCACCCCAGAGGUGAAGCUGCUGGAGAAUUACUGUCGGAACCCUGAUGCAGAUGAAGAGGGUGUCUGGUGUGUAACAGAUGAACCACCCUACUUCGAAUAUUGUGACCUGAACUACUGCGACAGCUUGCUAGAGGAUGAGUAUGAACAGCAGGAGGAAAGAGGAGGACGCACCCUCCUUCCUCAAGAGUUCCAAACCUUCUUUGAUGAUGCAACUUUUGGUACAGGCGAAGCAGAUUGUGGCACUCGUCCUUUAUUUGAGAAGAAAAAGUUAACGGACAAAAGUGAGAAGGAGCUGUUGGAGUCCUAUAUAGGAGGCAGAGUUGUGCACGGGGAUGAUGCAGAACUGGGAAGUUCCCCCUGGCAGGUGAUGCUCUACAAAAAGAGCCCUCAAGAGCUCCUGUGUGGUGCCAGCCUCAUCAGUAGUAACUGGGUCUUGACUGCUGCUCAUUGUCUUUUUUAUCCACCCUGGGACAAGAACUUAACUACAGAUGACAUCUUGGUGCGGAUUGGCAAACAUUUCAGGGCAAAAUAUGAAAAGAACAAAGAGAAAAUUGCUCUGUUGGAUAAGAUCAUCCUCCAUCCCAAGUACAACUGGAAAGAGAACAUGGACCGAGACAUUGCCCUUCUGCACCUGAAGAGACCCAUCGCCUUCAGUGACUACAUCCACCCUGUCUGCCUGCCUACCAAAGAGGUUGUGCAAAGGCUGAUGCUGGCAGGUUAUAAAGGGCGGGUAACUGGCUGGGGGAAUCUGAAAGAAACAUGGGUCACUAGCCCAAACAACCUCCCCACAGUCCUGCAACAGCUCAACAUACCCAUUGUAGACCAAGAUACCUGCAAGGCGUCCACCAGAGUUAAAGUCACUGACAACAUGUUCUGUGCAGGUUACAGUCCUGAAGACUCAAAGAGAGGAGAUGCCUGUGAAGGGGACAGUGGGGGACCUUUUGUAAUGAAGAACCCGGAUGACAACCGCUGGUAUCAAGUGGGGAUAGUCUCAUGGGGAGAAGGCUGUGACCGAGAUGGCAAAUACGGAUUUUAUACCCAUGUAUUCCGCCUGAAGAAGUGGAUGCGAAAAGCCAUCGAAAAACACAGGGGAUAGAAGAAGCGUUUCCCUUGCUUGUUCUCAGUUUUGCUACAGUAUUCCAGUUCUUGAAAACAUAAGCAUUGAAGAUCUUGAAGUGAAAGUUACGUGCCUACAACUUGA